AUGGCGGAACCCGACAAUUCAAACGCAGGUGUAUUGGACAUCGUCAUUGAUAUUGGGUCUAGCAAUUGCAAGCUUGGCUUCGCUGGAGACGAUGAUCCUCAAGCUAAUUUACACUCUGUCCUUUGCCAGUUGCAGCACUCGUCAUACAUCGGCCGUAUGGCCAAAACCCAACAAGAAACCGUCACGCAGACGUACCCCAUUGUGGAUGGCAUCGUCUCAAAUUGGGAUGCAAUGGAAACUUUCUGGACUCACGCGUUCUAUGAUCAAUUACGCGUAUCACCAGAAGGGAAAUCGGUGUUGGUCACCGACUCGCCUCUUAACUCCACACUCAAUCGAGAAAAGAUGGCCCAGAUCAUGUUUGAAUCCUUCAGCGUUUCCGCAUUCUACGUCGCCAUGCAAGCUGUUCUCUCUCUCUAUGCAUCAGGCAGGACAACCGGUGUCGUGGUGGACUCUGGCGAAAGUUUCACUCAUAGUGUUCCUGUUUACGAGGGAAUUCCCCUUCGACACGCGAUACAGCGGACCGGUAUUGCUGGCCGACGUUUAACGGAUUAUACGUGGACAAACCUACUGGAACGUGGAUAUUUCGUUGGGCCCUCUGAUCGACAAUGCGUGGAGGCCGUUAAAGAAGAGUUGUGCUACAUUGCCCUUGACUAUGAACAGGAGUUGCAAUGUGAAGCCGACCCAAAUUAUCUGACGGCAAAGACAUAUCAACUACCGGAUGGUAAGUCGAUCACGAUGGGGAAGGACAGUUUUCGCAUACCGGAGCCACUAUUCCAACCUUCCUUACUCGGACUGGACAUAUUUGGUGUCCACGACGCGACCUACAGCUCCAUCCAAAAAUGUGACAUCGAUGUCCAAAAUGAGUUCUACAACAACAUUGUCCUCUCAGGUGGAAACACUAUGCUUUCUGGCUUCCGCGAUCGCAUGGUUAAGGAGCUUACGGCUCUCAUUCCUGCUAGUAUGGGGCUCUACAUUGUAGCACCUCCUGAACGCAGGUUCUCAGCCUGGAUUGGAGGGUCCAUCAUAGGCUCGAUGGGCAGCUACCGCGAUCGAUGGUGUUCCAAGCAAGAGUACGAAGAAUCAGGUUCUGGGAUCAUUCCUCGCAAGUUUGCUUGA